AUGCGUCAAAGUGUCGUGCUGCUUUUGGUGGCAUUAGCUACCAUAACGUCUGCCCAGUCGUCAUCCAGUGGUUCCACGUUCGUCUCCAUCUUUGCAAAUUCAACCAGCUUCAACUCGUCCGCUUAUGAUUCCUCUCUAUCGCAGUGUGAAGUCUGUCGCGACACGGGUGACUGCUCCAAGGCAUACAACGGGGUUGCUGGCAAGUUGUGUAACUUGUCGCUCGACCCAUCAAACAGUCGCCGCGCUUGCUGUUGUCCUGCCAGCGAUGUCUGCUUGUCAGAUAAUACCUGUGGCAUUUUCAUAGCCGUCGGUAAGCGCCGCAUAUUGCAGCGCGACGGUGGUAAUGGCCCGGAUGGGGUUGGCACGGCCUACGCUCAGUAUUCGGAGGGUGGUCAAGGCGCAUAUACUUUGCAUACCCUACUUACGUCCGACCAGGGCAUGGUCAUGGAAGCUAUAGGGAUGACUAUAGACGGUAUGGGCACGGGUAGCACCGCAGUUAUCGGUACUGCUGGAGGACUUUUAGGUGGACUCCUUUUCGGGGAAGCCAUUGGUGACAUUAGCAAUUGGUGGUGA